AUGCGAGUCUCAAUCUCGGCGUUGACGUGUUUCAUCUCAUGCGCGGCUGCUCAGACCUUCCAGAGGCUGGGUGGUUGCCCUGACUUGGGAUGCAUAUUCCCGCCGGAUCAGGUGGACUUUUUGCCUGGUCAGUACUUCGACAUCCGUCUCGAAGUACAUUCGCCGGUCAAUGGCUCUGAAGCACGCACCGGCGAGCCAGAUCCAAACUUCACAUUCACUAUCGCCAAAAAGGGCAAGAAGGCCGUUGCUGCGACAAAAUACUUCAAAAUCGACGAGCCGGAGCUGGAGAGAUGGGACUUCACCUGGUACGAGGAUUUAUUCGCCCAAGAUGCAAACAAACCCUCCCUUGUCAACGUGACCUCCAAGAUCUAUCGAAGAAUCGCCCUCUACGAGCCAGGCGAAUACGAAGCCACUCUGACCUACUAUGGCGAGCAAAAGACCGUGGCCAACUGGCUCGUUCGUGACCUGCCUACAAAGCGACGCGCGAAGAACGUCGUCAUGUUCAUUGGAGAUGGCAUGACGACAAACAUGAUCACGGCAGCGCGGCUCAUUGCCCAUCGCAGUAUCAAUGGUAGGUAUAUGACAAAGAUGGCAUUGGACAAGUUCCCCGUGCUGGGUCACCAGAUGACACACUCGAUGGACUCGUUCAUUACCGAUUCAGCCAAUUCCGCCACAGCCCUCUACUCGGGUCACAAGACUACUGUCAACGCUUUGAAUGUCUAUGUGGAUUCCUCCAGUGACCCCUUUGAUGACCCGAAAUUCGAGACAAUCUCGGAAGUCUUUCGGCGUCGGUACCCGAGCGGCGGUGUUGGUAUUGUAUCCACUGCCUUCUUGGCGGAUGCUACGCCUGGUGGAUUGGCUGCUCACACCAGCGACCGUGGUGAAUACGAUCAUGUUAUCGGCGCUUAUUAUGAGGGGUUGAAAGACUACAAGUGGACCAAUUGGAAUGGUCCCGAUGUUCUCCUUGGAGCUGGCGCCGAGGACUUCCUCGAGAGCGAAGAAACUCGAGAUUACUACAAGCUCUUCGCCGAAAAGAACUACAAUAUAGCAUGGAACAACACCGCGCUGCACAACGCACCAAACGAUAAGAAGUUGCUUGGCGUUUUCCAGAAGUCCAAUCUCGCCACUUGGCUCGAUCGCAACGUCUACCAGGCCAAUCUCUUCAACCAGAGCAAUUACCCCGAUGGAUCUGGUCGCGACGCAGACGAUCUCCCCGGACUCAAGGACAUGACCCUCAAGGCGAUCGACGUUCUAGACAAGCGGCACCGAAAGGACGGCUGGUUCCUCAUGUCCGAAGCCGCCAGUAUCGACAAGCAGAUGCACACACUAGACUACGACCGUGCUCUAGGCGAGCUCCUCGAGCUCGACGAUACCGUCCGAGCGACUAUCGAAAAACUCGAGCAACUCGGCCAAUUAGAAGACACCCUCAUCAUCGUCACCGCCGACCACGGGCACGGCUUCGACGUGACCGGGUCCGUCGAUACCAAAUACCUGAACGCGCAAGACAACGACCGCAGCAAGCGCAACGCAGUCGGCUAUUACGAAAACUCCGGUUUGUCGCAAUAUACCGUCGCCGAUCCGAACAGCUUGCGAUAUUCGGAGGGUGUCCACUUCCCUGCCCGUUGGGACCCGAGAUAUACACUGCAUUCGGGCGUUGCUGCCUUCCCCGACCGGAGGGAGAAUUACCAAGUUCACAGCGAGGGCCCUCGCAAGCCUGCCGAGAUGACUGAUGAGAAGAAUGGGUACUUUGCCAGUUACAAGGAUGCAGUCACUGGGUUUGUCGUUAAUGGAACCUUGCCCCUUGAUGCGGGUCAGGGUGUCCACUCGUUGACGGACGUGCCGGUCUUCGCGCGGGGACCUUGUCAGGAACUCUUUGGAGGUGUGUAUAAUUCCAUCGAUAUCUUCUUCAAUAUGGCGGAGUGUCUGGGGUUGUCGGAGACCAAGCGAGAGGGCAAACCUCACCAUGGUUAA